UUUUUUUUUCUUUUUUUUGGCUUACAUGAUUACCUAGGUAUAUAUCUCAUUCACACGAGACGUAUACAUAGGUCUCGUGCCCUCUUCAAAAAUCCUUCUGUUUUUUUUUUUCUUUCCUUCCUCUCCCUUCUCUUCCUCUGACUUCUCUAUUAUCUACUACAGCGGGAGGAAGACGUUUGCUAGAAGACUACAUAACAUAACUACAACAUAUUCCACUACCUAACCACUGACUCAUACUUCCUAUAAAAAAAAUAAGUCUCUACUACUUACCAAACGUCCGACUGCUAUCUCGACCUGUUUCACUUUGUAUAAAAUCUACCAUAACCUACCUACCUACCGCAAUAUCUCCUUUAGUCACUUGUCACCAUGGCCGGCACUUGGGACGCACUUAUGCACAUGAUGCGCAGCCGCAUGUCCUUCUUCGACGGCUCGACGCCGUCAUCAUCAUCAUCUUCUCCCGCGCAAUCCGCCGCGAGGGGGUGGCGGUUAUCCAAGCAGCAACCGUCCGAAAGCGCCGACAGCUACUUCCCCGAGCGAGCAACGUCUCCCACCUCAUCCGUAUCGGAGAGCGAAGACGACAGUCCUAUGACUACCACCACUACCAUUCCUACCAUCAUCACUACUACUACUGCUGCUACCGCUAUUAGCACCACGCCCGCCCCCAAGGCGAACCGCAUGAUCGGCGCGGAAUACCCGAUCCCCCCCUUGGAGCGCGAGUACAGCCCGCCGACGCAGGAGCUCGACGUCGCGGAGCAGCUGGCGAAGAAGCCGCUGCCGCGCUCGCUGCACAGCUCCCUCCAGCGCGCGGCCUCGCGCCCCGCGAGCCGCCCGCCCGUCGACGACGAGGAGACCAGACGCCUGAAAUUAGAGGCCGCCAAGAGGGAGCUGCUGGCCCUGGCCGGCCAGGUUUAAUAAUAACCUACCUAUAAAUAGGAAAAUAUGCUAACAAAUUUGGCAAAAAGAGAAAAAAAAAUGGAGUGGAGGGGUGUGUGUGUGCGGGUACACUCUUACCACGCUAGAAGCUUUGAGGAAUUUUCCAUCUAUCUACCUAGCGUAGUAGCUAGGUAGUUACGGGAACCACUAGUAUGGACAUUGCAUUACAUUGCAUGGGAUGUAUGUUGGGUCUAGAGCGUUGUAGUGGAUAAGGGGCAAAAAAGAAGGGGGAGGGAAAAUUAUAUGAAAGGGAAGAGAAGCAGGAGGAGGAGGGAGGACAAUACACUAUGGCGAAUUGGCAUCGCAUCGCACGCAUUAGGUGAGCUUUUCCCUUUGUAUGCAUUAUUAUUAUUAUACCCAGGGAUCGGUGCGUAUUGGAUACACUUAUUGUUUCGGAAAUGCUUUUUUAAAACCGGCGUACUUGUUGGGGACUAAGCGGAGAUUGAGAGCGAUUAUCUUUAAGAGGUACAUAAAUAGUAUCUACUGGGAUUCCCGGAAGCUCGUGCUCUUUUUUUAUUUUAUUAUUUUAUUAAACGGAAAGGACAUUGGAACUAGUUCGCGAUAGUCGGAUGUUUAUUUUAUAUUAACUAUAAUAAAUUGAC